AUGGGAAGGCGGCCUAAUACAAGUAUAGAACAACGUGCAGCUAUUGUUGCUCUUCACAAUGAAGGUUUUACUAUAUGUUAUAUUGCGAAAAAAUUAAAAAUACCACGUUCUACUGUCGGAGAUGCCAUCAGUCGUUUCGAAAAAACUGGUUCAAAUCAAGACAGAAAACGCAAUGGGAGGCCCCGUGUAACUUCUAAAGCACAGGAUAGAUCCCUAAUCAUCAUGUCUAAAAUGAAUAGGAAGCUUACAGCACCGGAAAUU